GCACACAGUAUGUUGGUACUGUAAUUCUAGUUCAAUUCUUUCUUGCACACUUCUAGCUGAGCUUACGCUAAUUCCUCCGCGCGUGCUGUAUGUGAUAUCACAUCCCAUCCAUGUAUCGCCUGUAACACGAAGUCGUGUAACACCAAGGCUUAGUAGGCUUGUAGCACCAACGCCGCAGCGCGUCCGACUGAUCCGCAGCGCUACCGGACGGAUGUCGUCGAGCACAGCAUGGAAGCACCCCGGCGUCAGUAGGGCUGUAGCAGCGACGGCGCUGGCUGCUCUCCUCGUGCUCUUCUACUGCCUCUCGCUCUGGUUCGGGCCCGCGGGUUGCUCGCAGCAGCAAAGCGACAUUCUCCUGGCGCGCACAGACGCGGACGUGCGCAGUUCCGCCAACACCGCGGGGCUGUUCGCGGAGCUGGGGCGCUGCGAGGCGCAGCUGACGCGCCUGCUGGGCGCAGCGAAGGCGCGCGCGGAACACGCGGAAGGGGAGGCGGGGGGGAGGGCGGGGGGGGAAGCGGAAUCCGCGGAAGGGGGGAACCCGUUUGAUGGUGUGAGCGCUGCUAUGGUGGAGAAAGAGUUGCUGGAGCUCAGGCGCGAGGUGGCGCGGCUGCAGGCGGAGAAGUUGCACCUGGAGAGCCAGUUGCACGAACAGGAGGCCGUUGGUGAUGACACGGUGUCUCGGGAGGCCCUCCUAGCAGCGAAGCAAGCCUUGGCCCAGUACAACCCCCCUGCGGCAGCAGCAGCUACAGCAGCAGCCACGGGGCCGCACGCGUACCGGUGCGAGGCCACAGCAGCGGACAUGCGGCGCUACUUCAACUUCACCCUGCGCGGACCGUGCCCUGACGACUGGCUUUUGGUGCAGCACUUGGUGUUCGAUAAAGGGUGCCAUGCCCUGCCCAGGCGAAGGUGCAUCGCUGCUACUGCGGAGGAGCCUAGAGAGCCCAUGCCAGUACCAGAUGCGCUGUUCAGCCAGAAGGCCCUGCUCGACUCCAACGUGCGGUGGCAGCAGCACCGGUGCCACUCGUUCCGCUGUCUCAACCAGCUGACUGCAUCUGACUGCCGCAACUGCUUCAACAUGACGCACGAGUCCCGCCGUUGGCGCCGUGCGUACAAGGGCUCCAUCGCCAUGGCUGACGUCAUCGCCAUGAAGCCCAAGUCACUCAGACUAGGUCUGGACAUAGGAGGCGGCAGCGGCACCUUUGCAGCGCACAUGGCACAGUACGGCGUGACGAUCAUGACAACCGGCCUCAACCGCGAAGCAGCAGCAGCAGCCGCCGCCGCUGCCGGCGCCACCGCUGCUUUUAAAGGCAAACCAGAAGCAGCACCAGGGCUACCCUACAUGGAAACCAUAGCCGCGCGGGGGCUUAUCCCCUUACACCUACCACACCAGGCGCGAUUUCCCUUCUUCGACGGAACCCUGGACAUAAUCCACAGCAUCAACAGCAUCAAGUACAUGCCUCCGCUGGAGUUCGAAGAGAUGCUGUUCGAGUGGGACCGUGUGCUCCGCCCGGGCGGGCUGCUCUGGUUUGAGAUGUUCUACGCGCCGAAGGACGAGAUGGGGAUCUAUGUGUGGGUGCUGCAGGUGCUGGGGUAUGAGAAGAGGUUCUGGAGUCUCAUGCCCAAGACAGAUAGGACGGAGAGGAAAGGGCCGCAUGUGUACUUGAACUGUGUGCUCGAGAAGCCGGCGAGAGGGAGCCAAGGGAUGGAUGUCGUAUCACUAGGUGUAAGUAAGCUGAGGUGAAAUUGAGAAGUCUAAAAAAUGCCCUGCAAUACAGAUAGGACGGAGAGGAAAGGGCUGCAUGUGUAUUUGAACUGUGUGCUGGAGAAGCCGGCUAGAGGGAGCCAAGGGAUGGAUGUCGUAGGUGUAAGGUGAGGGAAUGCCUUGUGGUAGAGGGAUUCUGCCUGGCAUGGUAAGGGCAGUGUGCUUGGCUGGUUGGUGGCACCCUCCGUGUAUUACUACCAGUACCAGCGCGUGUAGUGUAAAUUUGGGCUUUAGGGGUGACUCACUUGUCCCCCCGCAACGGAUUAUCAAGAACGCUUAUCUGCACUGCAUCGCAUCCCAGUAUAUUGCUUUCAAUAUUGGUGCCGUAUUGUCCACGGCCAAUUCCCAGGUGUAGUAGGUAGGAGUGA